UCGAAACAAUUGGACGUCUGCGGAGCCGGUGGCAGUAGGUGCCGGAUGAUCAUCACACCGUGAGCUGUACCGGAGUUUGAAGCGGUGUAGCGGCAAGUCGAACCCAUCCUUCGCGUUUAGUGUAGAUAAUUCUUCGUGCAGUUUGUGAGCCAGGCUUUACGGCCUGUUGCAAGUGGACAGCCUUUGGAAAUCGGCGUUGGUACGAACUUUCUCGGAGGAACUUUUCCAAGUCGUCUCUGCGAGGUUGUCCCGCAGUCUUCUGGAGAUCAGCCAAGCAGCUCAAAAGACCAGCCUUCACGCCUCGCAAAAAGUGCCGAUUAUGUUAUUUCAAGCACGGUGGCGAAGUUGAAACUCCAUUCGCAACUUUGUGCUCGUUACAUGAUUGAAUUCCGCGUAGUCCGUUGAAGGUUCCUUAAACUCUGUACUCACCGAAAACUGGCCUGUGGAGUCACUAGCCCCGAGUUUUAUUAAGCAAGGUGCUCUCUUACGACUCUGGUUCACUGGUCUCAAGCAGCAGUGUCUGCAAAUUUCAAGGCCUUUUGCAAAAGACUGCUGAAGCACGCGACUUUCUUCGCUUCCUCAAGAAGUCACAACACGUGGUGUACCGCGGCCCGUAUUUGCAGUCGAGAACACCUUCCAGAGCUGAAUCACUUGUCGAGGAGGCCAUAUUCGCCUUCGUCACCCCAAAGCAUGGCUCGACCAAAUGUGUGGACGGCUGUGGCUGCAGCAUGCAUCAUUGUCACCAGCUACAUUCUACCGGCUUCGGCCCAGACGUGCAGCUUGGAGAGAGCGGCCCAAUGCCGCGAUGACGUCAUGAGACAAGUUCGACAGGAAAGCCGCAGCUUCAGGGGCCAGGAGAUCACCAACCUCUGCAGGUCAGUUCGGGACAACAUGGCUUGCCUGAUGUGGCACUCGGCCAACUGCCAGUCAAGAGACCAGCAGGACAAGAGUGGGGACGUCAUACUGUCCGCGAAGUCUUUCCUGGACCGAUCGUGUGAUUUGGACGGAGGAUGGCGCGUGAGCCGCUGCUUCCAGUACGACGACGUGAAGCAGUGCGAAGCCAACUUCGUGGCCGGAGGCAAGGCGUCCAUCGUGGCAGACUCGUGUCGAAGCUACGUGGCGUUCAAGCGUUGCGUCAAGGACGUGGCCGGCCGCCGGUGUUCCGUGGAGGAGGAGCGUCAGCUGUCUUCCUACCUGGUGGACCGAGCGCGGGAACUGAGCUGGCAGUGCGGAGCCACCUCCGGAGAGGCACGAGACGUGCACAGCAUCUACCGAUCGGGAUCAGCCGGCGGUUACGCCCCCUACACGCAAGCCCCGGCCUACUACCCUCCUCGGUACCUGGGGACCUCAUCCACGAGCCCCCCGCUGCCACUGGCUCCACUGCACCGAUACAAUUUCUCGGCCGUUUCCGCUUCCUCGCCCUCGUCUAAGGCGUCUUCUUCCAACGAGGAUUCGUACUGCAUGCUUCGAGCCACCGAAUACAUCCAAGAUUGCUCCCGGGAGCACCAGAGGCGACAGUACAAUGCCAGGAGAUACCACUCGGAUGACCGGGUUCGCGAGACUUGCUGCGCCACACUAGCCUACCGGGAGUGCAUCAAGGUGGUACUGCACGACCAGUGCCGAGACGCCGGCAGCUCGGUCAUCGACAACAUCCUCUACCAGCAGACAAGAGAGCUAGACUACGAGUGCAGGGACUUCAACGCGUACCGAUGCAGCGGCUGCGUCGCCAAAACAUCCGCCGCCGUGCUGCUGGCAGCAGCGUCACUCGUGCUGCUCCGCACCUUCGGAAGCAGCUGAGCACGCACUAACCACCGUAGAGUUUCCCGACAGCACACCAGGGGAAAGUUUGGCGCUAGUGUCUAUGGGAGCCGCAACGCAAGACGAUUCAGAUAGAGCGCGAGAAUGAUGGGUAGUACAUGGAUUUGUCUUUGUCUAAACGUCGUUCUUCCGGCUCUGUUGCGCUCCGUGCGCUCCGUGCGGACUGUAGCCGCUUUGUCACCAAACGAACUUCAGCUGUCGCACUUUAUCCUUUUUAGGCUCACAAAUUCAAAAAAAGGCUCACGAAGUUCACAACGAUUCAUUAUUUUUAUCCGGAACAAAAGACCGAAACAGAACAAUAAGGCCAAGUCACGAGUUCGUUCGAAGCCUCAAGCACUAAGAUAGGCAAAUCCAAGUGCUAACCCAUGGGGGCUGAGCGAUCGCAGCGCCAAAGUUCUUUACUGCGAAUAUUGUAGAAAACUCUUUGCUAACUGACCACACGAACACAUGAACGGCACAAAAUAAGCGCCGCCAAUCAAGUGGGCGAACUAGCGGGCACGUGUCAUUGUGUCUCAAAAAAGGUAUGUUGCGGAAUCAGAAAGAAACAAUAGACAGGAAAAGUGCAGAACUUGCAUUUUGUCUACAGCUUAGAUAGUUAGGUAUGCUCUUUUAUUAAAAGAAGCAAUCAAGAUUUUCGAUUAGUAACAUAUUCGCCAAGUUAUCGACCCUUCCAUGCAUCGCACAUUGUAAGUCGAUCCCCCAUGUGGAAAACUUCAUCAGUGUAACUGAGUAUUCUGAGCGUGACUCGUAGGGUGGAUCGUCUUCACAAGAGGAAAUAAGUUCUGCAUAUGCGUAGAUCGCCUUGAAAGUUUCGGGCACGACGCGUUUAAAACUAACUGCUAAUGUAAAUACCGCUGUUUUUAACAGAUAUAGGCGCUGCACAUGAAAGUAUAUCUAGACACCCGCAUAUCUGUAAAGAUGUUGAACGUUGAGAGAAAAAGUAUUUUUUUAUUUUGCGUAUUUUGUAUUUUGUGUGUUUUUAAUGUGGACAUAUGUACCACAGCGCAUGAUGAUCCGAAGUAUAUCUUACCUAACAUCCUACAUGUGCGAGAUUACGUACAUCUACAUGUAUAUCCGUGAGAGCUCGACCUUAUGCGCCUUAUUGACUUCCGUUUUCCUUGUGGCUUCUCAACCUUAAUAAGUGUGCAUGGGUGAACGUUUAGACAGUGUUUUGCACGGAGAUUGUGAUGUUUUACACGAUGCAUCUUUUUAGUCACACGAUAGAGAUCUCGGUGUUACGUCAGAGGGCCAAAACAUAAUCGAAAUGUAUCACAAGCUUUCUUUCUAUGCUUGCUCUGAUUAUGCACAGUUGAAGAAGAAUAAAAAAAUUUUUCAUGCUUUUCACUGAAAAAAAAAAGGUCAAGUUAGAACGUGUUAUGUCACUAGUAAGUGAUUCGCCGGAGAUAAGAUAAUACGACUAAAAGAAAUUCACACAGCGGGGAAUUUCGUGAGAAUAAUAAUAAUGAUCUUGCUUUUUAAAAGUAGCGAAUAGAAAACUACAAGCAAUGUGUAAUAGCUGCGUAAUGAACUGGUCUAGCGUACGGCACGUUUCCGGAGCUAAUCACGGAUGCCACUGCGCAAAUUUUUUCACCUCAAGCCAAGUACAAUCGACAAUACUUCAAUAUUUCUUCGAUCAACAUCAAUAGCCGAGUCACUCUCUUUUCCAUUCUUGAGAUGAAGUGCUAGCCAACCACGAUUCUUUUUCAUUGUUUUAUAUUGUUAUUUUAUCAGUUGUCCUCUCUGCAGUCAUAUUUCACCAACAUUCUGUUCUGUUCUUCCGCCAUGCAUGCACAUACUCAUCACGUUGACGAUACCCGUUCGGGCAUUAAUAAUCGCAGUUGUCGUUUGAACUUUGUUAUCCCCAACAGCACAGAGAGGUGGGUACGAAUUGAGCUUAUCAAAAUGAAAAUUUAACCCCCAUCGUUGUGGUAUUUGACUGUUUUGUACAUACUGAGAGCGAGAUAUGUUAGGCGAUGAAUAUUUUUUUCAGAUUUAUUAUCACCUCUAUGUAAACGUUGUUUAUUACAAAGUAUGUUUGUGACGAUUGUGUUAUCCACGCCAAUAAAUUCAUUGAAAAUCCCAACAA